AUGGCAAGUGGUGUGGUUUACGACGCGAACCUCACAAGAUCCGACGUACUCGUCCUCAAGAAUAUCGAAGCCGACAUUUACAAUCACCGACAUGAGGAGACGCUCGACGCUAGUGGUGAUGGGGAUGCUCCCAAGUCGAGAGCCGGAACUGCACCGGCAGACCGAGACGACGACGAUGAGGCGACGGUCCAGACGCUGAGGGACCUCAACAACCCGAAGAGCGAGCAGUUCGAGCCGACAGUCUUCACCAGCUGGGACCUCUCCACGCUGAACCUGAACCCCUUCCUCGACCAGUGGCUGCUGCGGCCGUACGUGAGGGCGGCAAGGGGCCUCCUCCGGGUCGAGACCGACGUGGUGAUGCUGACGCACCUGAUGCUGUACCUGACCACCUCGGUGCCGAGCGCGGCCUACCUCUUCCUCGGCGGCGGCGGCGGCUUCAACUGGGUUCACGGCCUGCUCCACGCCGCCAUGCAGAUCAGCUACAUGGGCUCGUACACGCUCAUGAUGCACCAGCACAUACACAUGCGCGGGAUCCUGCACCGCCGCCUCGCCUGGAUCGACGCGCUGUUCCCGUACCUGACGGACCCGCUGAUGGGCCACUCGUGGAACUCGUACUUCUACCACCACGUCAAGCACCACCACGUCGAGGGUAACGGGCCAGGCGACCUCUCGUCCACCAUGCGCUACCAGCGCGACGACAUCUGCCACUUCCUCCGCUACGUCGGCCGCUUCUACUUCCUCGUCUGGCUCGACCUGCCGCUCUACUUCUUCCGCAAGCGCAAGCCCCUCCUGGCCGCCAAGGUCAUGUUCUGGGAGUGGGGGUUCUGCGCCUCCCUCUACCUGCUGUACACCGUCAACCCCAGGGCCACCACCUGCGUCUUCCUCAUCCCCUUCUUCCUCCUGAGGGCCGGUCUGAUGGUCGGAAACUGGGGUCAGCACGCCUUUGUCGAUAACGUAGAGCCCGACUCUGACUAUCGCUCCAGUAUAACCCUGAUUGACGUUCCCAGUAAUCGUCACUGCUUCAAUGAUGGCUAUCACACCUCCCACCACCUUAACCCGAUGCGUCACUGGCGAGACCACCCAGCCGCUUUCGUCAAGGCAAAGAAGCUCUACGCUUCCCACGACGCCCUGGUCUUCCACGAGAUCGACUACAUCAUGAUUACCGUGCGUCUCAUGAUGAAGGACUACGAUACCCUGGCCCGGCGCAUGGUUCCUAUCGGCGACCAGAUUGGCCUGUCGAUGAAAGAGCGUGCCGAGAUGCUGAGGAGUCGCACGCGCCAGUUCACCGCCGAGGAGAUGCGCGAGAAAUACAACUUGACGUGA